GAGGACAAUAACGCAUCUCGCGCACAGGUGGUCGGGACGACCUCACUGUACGAGAACGGCCAAGUCCGCCUGAUUCCGGCUCCGACUCCGGAUCCCAGAGAUCCCCUGAACUUACCGCAAUGGCGGAAGUGGGCGGCGAUUGGCAGCCUGUGCUUUUUUGGCUCGCUGGCGCUCUCGGCCGAAAUCAUCGUUGGCAGCCUCGUCCCGCUGUUCCUCCUCUUCUACUCGGGCGUGGACGUGCGCAUCCUCAACACGGUCGACUUUCGAGCCAUCAGCGGCGGUUCGGCCACGGGCGUGAACCCCUUUGCCGUCAUCCCGCAGGGGGUUGUCCCUGCCAACAUUGAGAAGGUGUCGAUGCUGGCGACAAUUCCCUUGUUGAGCAAUGGCAUUGCUAGCUACUUCUUGGUGCCGCUGUCAAUUGCUAUCGGUCGGCGGCCUGUUUUGCUCCUGGCUGGUGCCUGCGCCUGGGUUGGCGGUUUUCUCGCUGCCGCAAGCUCAUCGUUGGAUGUUCACUUGGUCGCAAGAGCAAUGCAGGGCCUGGGAGCAGGGACUGUAGAAGCCUUGAUCCCUCUGGUUCUGCAAGACAUGGUGUUCAUCCAUCAGCGGAACAAGGCCAUGGCCGCCGUCGUGUCGAGCCAGGGGAUUGUCAUCACCGCCCUGGGCAUCGUGACUCCGUACAUCGCCUCGGUACACGACUGGAGAUGGGUCUACUACAUCACCUCCAGCUUCGGCAUCGUCGCUUGGCUUCUGCUCAUUGCGUUCCUCCCUGAGACGCGCUGGACGAGAUCCAAGGAAGAGCUCAGUGGUCAACAAUUUUAUCCCCUUGAACCAGGGGAAACCCGACCAAAGUUGGACUACGAACGAUAUCCGGCCCCGACACAAUGGUCGUACCUGGGCCUCUUCCAGAACGGUUUCGCGUGGAAGCAGGCCGGAAUGUCCAUGCUUAACACGCUGAGGGCUACUCCUUUCCCGGCCAUUGUGUGGGCCACCGUGGCCAACAGCAUCUUUGUGAUUGUCAACUCCGCCGCGCAGCAGAUUGGGGCCUUUGCACUUCUGGCUCAGGGUUGGCAAUUCCAGUACACCGGUCUUUUCGUCCUCCCGUUCAUCGCCGCCACAGGCCUGGUCUACUUCUUUGGCGGCCCAGUCGCCGACCGCAUCUCGAACGCCGUGGCCCGGCGCAACGGCGGCGCUCGGGAGCCCGAGCAUCACCUGCCCAACAUCGCACUGCCACUGGUGUCCGGCCUCGCAGGGAUCUUCGUCUUUGGCUGGGCCGGGCAGACGAACGCGCAUUGGGCCUUCCUGAUGCUGGGGUCUUUCCUGAUCAUCUUCGGCUCCUUGGUCGUCCUGUCGGUCAUCAACGUCUUCGUCGUCGAGAGCUACCCCAUGUGGGCCGGCCCCGUGCUCGUCAAUGUUUCCAGUCUCCGCAUCAUCAUCGGCUUCUUUGUCUCGAGCAAGUCGACGUCGUGGAUUGCUCAGCGCGGCUUCUUGAAUACGUUCGUCGUCUAUGCCGAAGUCAUGAUUGUGGCCUCGCUGGGUGUUCCGCUUUUGUAUUUCUUUGGCCGGAAGCUUCGGCAGUGGACGGCAGGCAGGGUGCAGAAGAAGAUCGUAGGUGAUUCUGCCGAGAAGGAGCUCGAUGACAGUGCGAGCGAGAAGUCUCUGAGGUCAUGAGGCUCAGGAGAUCGUGUCGGGAUGUAUACGACGCAAUGAGCUGGUCCUACGUUGUACGAUCCGUACGCCCCCGAUACCUGUUGCCGAAUGAGAGACGUCGCUGCUUGUGUACGUAUGAUUUAUAGUAUUGUCUCGUGUUGGCUAAGUAAUGAAAGGUGUAUGGCGUACUC